AUGAGUGGAGUUAGCGAAGGUCUCGAUGUUUUGUUGGCUAAGGCUUCGAUGCAGGAUCAUGAUCAGGUCCUGAAGUACUUGUACGGCAAAAUCCUACAGUAGGUUACCGUAUUUUUAGCAAAAAAUGCUAUCUUUUUCACUUUUGGCCAACUUUUUAUUUCAUAAAAACAUUUUAAAAUUGUGUUGAAACAUAACCUUGCUUAUAUAAACUACUAUGACAAAAUAAACUUUCUCUACUAUAAUUCAGAAAGCUGAAGUUCCCCGAUGAAGCCAACCAGCUGGCAGAAAAAGAAGGCUUUGAACUGUCCGGCUACAAGUUUGAAGCCACUCCUGAGCAACUAAGAAGACCUAGAAUUGUCCGUGUAGCCGGUAUUCAAAACCAGAUCGUCGAAGCUACUGAUGCUCCUGUAGCCUCUCAACGUGAUGCCAUUCAUCAAAGAGUUGGCACGAUGAUUGAAGCCGCCGCGUUAGCUGGAGCCAACAUUAUCUGUCUUCAAGAAGCCUGGAGUAAGUGUUAUAGUAUAACAUGUAUUCUACUGUGCCAUAUACAAUUUAAAAAAAGUCAAAAUUCAAAUUUUAUUAUCAUUGAGAUUUGGUUUCCUAUGUAAAGACUCUUUAUAUUUUAGCUAUGCCUUUCGCGUUUUGCACCAGAGAAAGACUGCCUUGGACAGAGUUUGCUGAGACCGUUGAUGGCGUGACAACACAGUUUUUGAAAAAAGUAAGAUAUUUUCUAUACGUUAGUAAAAAGCCUUUUCAUUGACAUAUAUGUAUAAUAUAUUCACAAAUCACGUAAUGUUUUAGCUUGCUGUAAAACACGGAAUUGUCAUCGUAUCUCCGAUCCUGGAACGGGAUGACAAUGAUGAGGUGAUCUGGAACACGGCCGUUGUCAUUUCACAUACUGGUAAUGUAAUUGGAAAGACCAGAAAGAACCACAUUCCAAGAGUUGGAGAUUUUAAUGAGGUACCUAGUCUUAUAUUGUUUUAGAUCUCAUUUUCACUUUAAAAUAUACAAAGAUACCAGUAAACCCACUGCUGCUCAUUUUUAUCGAAUAAUGCCACAUUCUUUAGACAAUUUAUGACUAUUACUAUAAGACACCUUUCAGUCCACCUACUACAUGGAAAGCGAAAUCGGCCAUCCCGUUUUUGAGACGGCUUUCGGCCGCAUUGGUAUCAACAUUUGCUACGGCCGCCACCAUCCCCAGAAUUGGCUGAUGUUUGCGUUAAAUGGAGCUGAAAUAAUCUUCAAUCCAUCCGCGACGGUCGACGGCCUCAGCGAAGCGUUGUGGCCAAUUGAAGCCAGGAAUGCGGCCAUCGCGAACCACGUCUUCACCGUGGCCAUAAACAGAGUCGGGACUGAAGUAUUCCCGAACGAGUUCACAAGUGGCAACGGAAAACCCGGUAAUUUCAGUAUUUCAGACAUCUGCACCUAAAGCAUUAUCAAGAAAAACAUCCAAAAAAACGAAAAAUACAUAAAGCAAACUACAUCUACUAUAACAUAAAACCUAAAUUUUCUCGUUUACUUUCAAGUCAAAUAAUGCCAUUUUUGUAGCUCACCGUGACUUUGGGCACUUUUACGGAAGUUCAUACAUCACUGGACCUGAUGGCUCUCGAACUCCGAGCAUUUCGAGAGUAAAAGAAGGUGUUAUCAUUGGUGAACUUGACCUGAACUUGAACAGACAAACCAAAGACUCGUGGGGAUUCAAGGUUAGUUAAUUUUACUCAAUUCCUUUUAGGAUUAGCGCAUGUUUACAGUAAAACAGGCACUAUUUUACUGAAAUUUUACCAAACAAAGAAUAGAGUUUCGGGCGCAGUUCAGCGUAUAACUCCGUGGGCCAAAAUUAUAUGACAAAAAUGAUAAGAACUAAAUUUUUUACCGCGAAAAUAAUGAAAAUGAAAAAAACAUGUUUUCGCUUGUAAUUUAUAGUGUUUUAAAAAUGAUAAUAGUAGUUAAUUGUUUCAGAUGACUCAAAGAUUGGCUUUGUACGGUGAAAAGUUUACCCAAGCUGCAAAGCCAGGCUACAAACAACAAAUCAUCAGAGAAACCUAG